UUGAUAAUUUAAUGACCAUUUGUUUUGUCUGGUUUCAUUGGUACGCUACCUACCUACUUCUGAAAUCCCCAUUUAUCUUGCAGACUAAUCGCUCCAAUGUGGAACAAUUCUUCAGGACUUUCCAAGACUGCUUCAUUUGGAUCAGAGAACGCAAGUGAGAUCUAUACUCUCGACGCUAUAAGAAGUUCUUUGAUUUGUCAAGAAGAUACAAUUAUAUAUAGUCUUCUGGAAAGAGCUCAGUAUUGUUUCAACAAUGACACAUAUGACCCCAAUGCUUUCUCCAUGGACGGCUUCCAGGGUACUUUGGUCGAGUUCAUGGUCAAAGAAACCGAAAAAAUCCAUGCUAAGGUAGGACGAUACAAGAUCCCCGACGAGCAUCCGUUUUUCCCAAAUGAAUUACCGGAGCCUAUGUUGCCAAAUUUGCAGUACCCGCAAGUGUUGCAUCCUUGUGCUGAUAAUAUCAAUAUUAACCGCAAGAUAUGGGAUACAUACUUCAAAGAUCUUCUCCCUCGGCUAGUCAAAGAAGGAAACGAUGGUAAUUGUGGAUCAGCAGCAACGUGUGACUACACAUGCUUGCAGGCCCUUUCUAAAAGAAUUCACUAUGGUAAGUUUGUUGCUGAAUCCAAAUUCCGGGCUUCACCAGCUGAUUAUGAAGCUGCCAUUCAAACACAGGAUCGGAAAAAACUGAUGGACCUGUUGACCUACCCGGCUGUGGAAGAGAUGGUAAAGAAGAGAGUGGAAAAAAAAACCAAGAUUUUCGGACAGGUAGUGACUGUGGGGUCUGGGGAAGACGCUACUGAGCCGGUUUAUAAAAUAAAGCCAAGUUUGGUUGUUGAUCUUUAUGAGGGGUGGAUCAUGCCAUUGACGAAAGAGGUGGAGGUUGAGUACUUGUUGAGAAGGCUUGAUUGAAUACAACGACAUCUAUCCAUGGUGCUAUCAAUCCAUAUGGCCGACUAGCUUGCAAGUAUUUCUAGGCGUGUAAAAAUGCAAUGUAUUUUAUAACCUGUGUUUUCACCUAAAAAGUCUGAUCAGAUUUAAUCAAGGAGAAAACAAAGAUUCUUUCUAAGGAAAUAAAUAGGUUGUUAUGAUAAACAAAUGUAAGGAUACAAAGUUGAAGUAGUAGUAGUAGUAGUAGUAAUUGUAUUAUUGAUCUAUUAUUAAUUAAUGUAA